AUGUUUCUUACUUUUUUUUUCCCCUUCCCUUUGGAGGACAAGAAAUUAGUCUAGAUGCAGUAAAUGGGAAGAAAUGGAAGAAAGGAAAAUCAAGAGGAGGAGCCCCAAAUCAUCUACCGGUCACCCUGCUCACGUUACUAACUCCAAGAAAAACUCAGUGCCAGUCAGUAAAAGUACAGCCUUUUCAAAUCCUGCACCACAGCCUGCAGUACAAAAACCAAAGUUAAAACGCGUAAUAAAAGAGAAAGCCAAACCUCCAGGAGGGGAAGGAAAAGGGGCACAGGCAGCACCGAUCCAGCAUUCUUUUCUCACAGAUGUAUCGGAUGUCCAGGAAAUGGAAAGGGGACUUCUGAGUCUCCUGAAUGACUUCCACUCUGGCAAACUUCAAGCAUUUGGAAAUGAAUGUUCCAUAGAGCAGAUGGAGCAUGUGCGGAGUAUGCAGGAAAAACUUGCUCGCCUCAAUCUGGAGCUGUACGGUGAGCUGGAAGAACUCCCUGAAGAUAAAAGAAAACUAGCCAGUGACUCCAAUCUGGAUAGGCUGCUAUCGGAUCUAGAAGAACUGAAUUCGUCUAUCCAAAAACUACAUUUAGCAGAUGCUCAAGAUAUUCCAAAUAAUGCCACGGGCUGAAAGAACAGCUUUGUCAAUUUGGAUUCUCCCAGAAGCUUUUCUUUUGUUUUUUCCUGACAGUGGAAUCUGGAACAGUUGUUGGUUUGCUGAUUGAUUUUUUUUUUUUUUUUUUUUUUUAUUUUACAAAAUGAAGAAUCAAGUGCAAAUCCAGGUGUUUAUUUUUGCACAUUCCUCUUUGAGCACUGCAUUGUAUCAGGACUCAGUAUCUAGAGUUUUAAGUAGGUUGCUGUGACACUAUGCUUUUUAUUGUUGCCUUAUUUAAUAGAAAAAUUGGGGAAACUUGGAAGUACAUUUCUUCUGCUCAGUGUUGUUCAUAUGCUUGAAAAUUAUAUAUGUAUAUAAGUUCAUUAGCAUUUCUCCAAUUUUUAUGAAGGUAGCGAUGAUGUUGCCUUUCUGAUCAGCAUGUAGACAAUCUGCACACUGUAUCUUUAGCGUUUUGUUGAUCAGUGAUGCCACAGAUUAAUUUAUUGUUAAUAAAGUAAAACAUUUUAAAUAUAUGGCGUUUCAUUU